AUGCAGAACAGGACUGUUGUCAUUCUCUGUGCCCUCUCCCUCCUCACAGGCUUCCUGAUGAUCUGCCUAGGGGGCUUCUUCAUCUCCAACUCCAUAUUCCACUCUCAGAGGAAUCUGGUCGCGUCCUACGUGCUUCUGCCUAUGGGGUUUAUGAUCCUUCUGAGUGGAAUUUUCUGGGCCACUUACUGCCAAGCAAGUGAAAACAAGGAGAUGUUCAACCAUGCGCUCAGACAGCACCUUGCUUCCCAGGACCUACCCCUGGCCACAGUAGACAGGCCUGACUUUUACCCCCCGACUUAUGAAGAAAGCCUGGAUGCUGAGAAACAGGCCUGCUCUGCAGGCAGAGGGCUUCUGGGAUUCCCUCCUCCUCCAUAUACAGCAACAAGCCUUGAACUUGAAGAUGAAAAUGACCCACAACCAGAGGCCCCACCCCCCUACCAGGAGAGCACAGCAGAUGCAGUGGUUACAGCAGAGGCACAGGAUGCCAAGGGACCGAGCCCCCUGGUACUGAAGGCAGGACCUGCUCUCCUGUUCUCAGAACUCACCAGCUGCUGA